AUGGCUGGUGCCGCAGAUGGGCAAGUCACCAGUGUGGAGAAACAGGUCUUGGAGUCGAAUCCAUUGUUGGAAGCGUUUGGCAACGCCCGGACGCUGAGGAACGACAACUCCAGCCGCUUUGGAAAGUUCAUUGAGCUCCAAUUUCGAAGCUCGACCAGCGAGGCGCUCCAGGCAGAGGACUGGAUGAGCAAUCUCAAGGAAGGAAGCAGUGAAAAUGCCAUGAUGAGCACUGAAGGUGGCGCGGUUGUGAAGGAUACGUUUCUCGAUUCUUGUUUUGUGACGCCAGUCGUCAAUGCGGAUGCAUCAUCCUUGGGUGUGGCCGGCGAGAACUGCCGCCUGUGCGGUGCCCGCAUCCAGACCUACCUGCUUGAGAAGGUGCGUGUUUGUGACCAGCAAGAGGGCGAGAGGAACUACCAUCUCUUCUACGAGGCACAGUGGUGCCCCAGCAGGUCUCAGAACUUAAAGCUGCUGUUUCCUCAGAAGUUGUCCAAAGAGAAGGUCAAAGAGGAAGUGACCCUGAACCUGGAGGGCUUCGCGGACCUCGGCAACUUCGCAUACCUUACGCGGUCUUCCUGCAAAACUCUGAAAGACGUUGAUGACAUUGAAAUGUUCGAGAGACGGAUACAUGCCAUGCAAACAAUUGGAAUUCCAAACGACGAAAUGACGCAGAUUCUCCGCAUGGUCGCUUCAGUCCUCCAUUUGGGCAACAUCAAGUUCGAUGCUCCUCCCAACAACAGUGAAGGCUCCAUGGCCAUGGCGGAGUGCGAUCGCUCCGUCGAGAUGGCGAGCAAGCUCUUGGGGGUUGACCGCAAGUCCUUGGAGUCGGCUCUCUGCAGCCAGACUCGCGUGACGCGCAGUGAGAAAAUUCGAAGCCCUGUUAAUGUGCGACAAGCAGCCGACAACAGAGAUGCGCUGGCAAAGGCAGUUUAUGGGAUAGUCUUCAAUUUCAUCGUGCAGAGCACCAACAUGUCCAUCGGCUACGUGGAGGAUGUGAAGCUCUUUGCUGGCGUGCUGGACAUCUUUGGCUUCGAGUGCUUCAAGAUGAACUCCUUCGAGCAGCUGUGCAUCAACUUCACCAAUGAGCGACUGCAGCAAUUCUUCAAUUCCUUCGUCUUCAAGUUGGAGGCGAACCCGG